CAGUCAGUUUUCAGACGUUGCGUGAACUACACGUGCAUUCGCCAACUUCAAUAAAAAUUCAAUUAAAUCGACCGAAAAGUGAGAAAAAUAUUUCCGGAUAUUCUUUUGCCGAUUUGUGAAAUUUAUAGAAAAAGGCAUGGAACCUCCCAAGAAAAGAUCUCGCAACGACGAAAAUGGGCACGAUUUUGAAAUGGCACAAGAAGGGUCGAAGAAUCGAAACAUGACUCCCAAAAUUGGUGAAAAAGCUCCCGAAUUCAAAUCCAUGGCAGUUGUCAAUGGACAAUUCAAGGAAAUCAAAUUGGAUGACUACAAGGGCAAAUAUGUCGUUCUCUUCUUCUACCCAUUGGACUUUACCUUCGUUUGCCCCACGGAAAUUAUCGCCUUCAGUGAUCGCGUCAAGGAAUUCCACGCUUUGGGCUGCGAAGUCAUUGGUGCCUCGACAGAUUCGCACUUUACGCAUUUGGCAUGGAUCAACACGUCGCGCAAAGAGGGCGGUUUGGGUUCCUUGAACAUUCCAUUGUUGGCUGACAAAACGCACAACGUGUCGCGUGCUUAUGGCGUACUUAACGAAGACACCGGCAUUCCCUUCCGCGGAUUGUUCAUCAUCGAUGGCAAGCAAAAUUUGCGCCAAAUUACGGUUAAUGACUUGCCCGUUGGUCGCAGCGUCGACGAAACUUUGCGCUUAGUUCAAGCAUUCCAAUACACUGAUGAACAUGGUGAAGUUUGCCCAGCCAACUGGAAACCGGGAGCGAAGACAAUGGUUGCUGAUCCAGAAAAAUCUAAAGAUUACUUUGGAAAAGUUAACUAAACCAUUAAAAAAUGAUGAAAGAGAAUAAAUAAUCAACAGUUAAAGAGCAAGAGAAUAAAAAAAAAUGAAUAAAUCUCACCAAACCAUCAAAAAGUAUUAGAAUAGUUGAUCAGCUAUGAGACACUUCAUUAAUUAAUAAUUUAAAUAAUGUUUUGAGAAAAAAUCAAGAGGCAGGUAGAAAGACCCCUUUUCAGCUAUAAUUUAUGUAGAUCAUCAAUAAAAGGAAAUUUUGUACAC